UGUGUGUUUAAUGUUUAUUUUUUUAAAAUUGUUUUUGCGCGCGCCGGUAGUCGUAGGCCGGAAGAGGCGUGUUACGUAAGGGAGGAAGGGGCGGGGCGAGGAGAGGAGGCGCUUGCUGUGGCGUGCGACUCUUUCUCCCCCAUUCUCUCAGUGGCGCUCCUGAAAAUAUGUCGGAAGGAGUGGACCUCAUAGACAUCUACGCCGACGAAGAGUUUAAUCAGGACUCUGAAUUUAGUAAUGCUGAUCAGAUGGAUCUGUAUGACGACGUACUAGCUGCCAGCUCACAGCCAUCUGAAAGUUGCACUAGCAGCUCUGAACCACCACCUGAAAGCCGCCAAGAGCAGUCUCCCAAGCCGAACAGCAAAUCACCUGCUAUCCUGUACACCUACAGUGGACUGCGUAAUAAGAGAGCUGCAGUUUAUGUGGGCAGCUUCUCUUGGUGGACAACUGAUCAACAGCUGACUCGAAUCAUCCGCUCUGUGGGUGUUUAUGAUGUAGUGGAGCUCAAGUUUGCUGAGAACAGAGCCAAUGGCCAGUCUAAAGGGUAUGCAGAAGUGGUGGUUGCCUCUGAGAAUUCUGUCCACAAACUUCUGGAACUGCUACCAGGGAAGAUUCUCAAUGGAGAUAAGGUGGAGGUGAAGUUGGCCACCCGGCAGAACCUUGUACAGUUUGAGGCACAGGCUCGAAAACGGGUGCCUCCGAGGGCUCACUCAAGGGACUCUUCAGACUCGGUAGAUGGCCGAGCCACUCCAACUGAGAAUGCCGUUCCACCACCUCGCAUUGAGAAGCCUCCUUCUGUUUUGCCUUUCUUCAACCGCCCUCCUUCUGCACUCCCUCUCAUGGGGCUGCCACCUCCACCAAUACCGCCACCUCCACCACUUUCCUCAAGUUUUGGGGUUCCGCCUCCCCCACCUGGGAUUCACUACCAACAUCUAAUGCCCCCUCCCCCUCGACUUCCCCCUCACCUCACUGUGCCACCUCCAGGGGCAGUGCCACCUGCUCUACACCUCAACCCAGCCUUCUUUCCCCCACCAAAUGCAGCAAUGGGCCCUCCACCAGAUGCCUACAGUAAGGCCUCCGCACCAUAUAACCACAGCAGCCGAGAUUUGGGCCCACUGCCACCACCUGUCAGCGAAGCUGAAUUUGAAGAGAUCAUGAACCGGAAUCGAGCAAUUUCCAGCAGUGCCAUUUCCAAAGCUGUGUCUGGUGCCAGUGCAGGGGAUUAUAGUGAUGCCAUUGAGACCCUGCUUACAGCCAUUGCUGUGAUCAAACAGUCGCGUGUAGCGAAUGAUGAGCGGUGUAGAGUCCUUAUCUCUUCCCUUAAGGAUUGUCUUCAUGGCAUUGAAGCCAAGUCUUACAGCAUGGGCACCAGCAGCAGCAGCAGUUCCUCCAGAAAAAGACACCGGUCUCGGGAUAGGUCACCCAGUCGAUCCCGUGAAAGCAGCAGGAGGCACCGAGAUGUGGUCCAUAAUGAAGAUCGGCAUGAGGACUAUUUCCAGGAGAGAAGCCGGGAGCAUGAGAGACACAGAGACAGGGACAGAGAAAGAGACCGGCAUCACUGAGAGAAGAACGUGGGAGGCAUUCAGUGUUUUUAUGGACUUGUAUCUCCUCUCCUUAAUCAAGACUAAAGGAUGGAGGCUUCUCCACCCCCUCCUUCCCAUUUCCUACUACCCUUUCUGGACCCCUUGGAAAGACUUUGCCUGCAGAACUCCAUCUGGCACACUGUGGCAUUGGGACCUGAGUUCUGCCUGUGGGUGUGCUGCUGCUGCUGCUGCUUGAUGGAGAAACACUGAAUGACUUGGAAUUUGCGGAGGGGUUGUCUGAGCCACUGUGACCAGGGGGCCACUUCAAUCCAUGGAUUCUUGGACCCAAAGAGAAUGGUGCUUUCCACAGAGGUCUACCACCUCUUUCCUUCCCAUGGCUUCUCUCAGAGCACCUGGGGUGGAACCCAUCCAGAUUGUCUCCUGUAGGAAGAACUGGUGCUUCAGCACAGCAUAAGGUGACCAUUGUCUCACUGGAGCUCAUGCCCACAGGCCACACUGCGUUGUCUUCUCAGGCAUCAAAGCAUCCAGUCCUCCUCAAGUCUGAUUCUUUGUCCAAAGCAGCUUCAGUCUUGGCCCUCUAGCACCAUUGUACACAGCUUAGCAAAUAGUUUUGUUUUUGUUUUUUCCUGGGUUGGAGGGCCGGCUGGCUGCUGCUUCCAAGUACCCCUCUUCUUUCCCCCACCCCACUUGGUUCCUGAAAGCUCUCAUCUCCGUUCUGCCUAGCUGCUUCUAGAGGGGCCUGUGUUGUCCAACCUGCCCACAAUGUGGAGUCUCCUUUAAGAAAUAGAUCUGGCUCUGGCUACUGCAGGUACUCUCUCCACAGUGAUUCAUACUGCUGACUAAUUCCCUGCUUCGUUUCAUGCAGUAGCUGCUCCAGUUGUAACUUCUUACAUAAACCUUUGCUUCCGGGGCCAGCCCCUCCUAGAUUGACACCUUCCUUGUUGUAGAGGAAGUGUUGUGGGCAGAGACCUUACUGCGUAGCAUGAAAUGGGGGCAAAGUUGAGCUGGGGCUAGCUAGAAGUUACUGAUUGCAGUGCACCCUGAGCAUUUUUAAGUUCCAUGUGAUGUACAUGUUGAUUUAAGUCCAGAACUUUCCUUGCCCCCAACCUUAUUCUAAGUGGAACUCCCUUUGGAAUUGUUCACUCAUGAGUGUGUUUCAGACUGCACCAUACCUCACUGAUCUCUGGCAUGCCAGUCUAGGGAAACUAUUGGAGGCAGUGGGAGGCUUCUGCUUGUUCACACCACCAUGUUUAGCUCUGUUUUAUAAGCAUAACUAGGGUCCCUGGAGCCACUAGGUCUUUUAGCUGGUAAUGCUGUCAGGCUAUUGGUAUCAAAAUCUAUGUAAGGAGUAGCAUGGGAUAGGAAUGGCUGCAGAGUUAUUGAUUACAUUGUCAUCUUUAAGACGUAACCCUUUGAGGAGUACAUUUUCAGCUUUCAGUGCUCCAUCCAACUCUGAGCAACUCUUAAGUAACCCAAGUUACUUAAAAUCAAGAACACCCUGUACCCUGGGAAAUGUAUUCUUCAGCACCUGGAUCGCUUUAAUGGAUGCUUAGCCUUAAGCAUCAGUUGCACUCGCGAACACUUAGUGUGACUGUCCAGUUGCAUGGUGAAGUCCCUCUCAUAGAAAGAUACUAUCUGGUCUCACAGAACAGUUGUGGGGCCCAGAGAGGAUGGAUGGUGUCUGGCAAAGGAUGUCACCAUAAGAUGCGGUACCUCCUUUUGUACUGUUGAUCAGAGAGGUGCUCAGCUCUAAAAGUUUUUUUAAAUGAAAAAAAAAAGUUGCAUAAAGAAAAAUUGAGUGACCUAAACUGUAAAGUAUCAAAAACUGCUUAAACUGUAAAGUAUCAAAAACAUUUGAUUGGAAAAGUUGCUUUUUACAUAAUGCAAAAUUUUUAGUUUGUUUUGAAAUAAUGGAAGUGAAAAUAAGAAACUGACAAUGAAAAUAUAGUCUUGGUUCCCCUCGACUCAACCACCCCUGUUCUUCGUGAUUUGAUUUGUUUGUCUUUUUCUGAUAGGUUGGAAAUUGUGUAAUAAACUUGAUGAUAUUGUCAAUCUUUUA